AUGACUUCAACAAAUGAAGUGAUUGAUCUGAGGAUUGUUCUUCUGGGCAAAACUGGAUCAGGAAAAAGUGCGACAGGAAACACAAUCCUGGGACGAAAGGCUUUUGACGAUUUUGAGUUUAUGAAAUCAGCCGAUAAACUGUGUAAGAAAAAGGAAGCAGUAGUCGGUGGACGGACCAUCUCUAUAGUCGACACUCCAGGACUGUUUAACACAGCUGUGAGCAAACAGCAGCUGAAAGCUGAAUUACAGAAGUGUGUGCAUCUGUGUGCUCCUGGUCCUCAUGUGUUUCUGCUGGUGCUCAAACUGGGCGUGAGAUUCACACAAGAGGAGAGAGAGACGGUCAAAUGGAUUCAGGAGAACUUCGGGAAACAAGCUUUGUGUCGUACGAUCAUUGUGUUCACUCACGCUGACCAGCUGAAGGGAAAACCUGUAGAAGAGUACAUCAGCCAAAGCAGAGAUUUACAGAACGUUAUUAAAAUAUGUGAUGGUAGAUAUCACUCAUUCAACAACCAGGAGAAAAAGAAUCAAAGUAAAGUCACAGAACUGCUGAAGAAGAUCGAUGAGAUGCUGGAGGAGAAUGAUAAGAGACAUUACACUAUUGACAUGUUUCAUACAGCUCAGAUUAGGAAGGCGAGGAAAAGGAAACUCUUCCACCAUGUGUCAGAUGUGAGGAUUGUUCUGCUGGGUAAGACGGGAUCAGGAAAGAGCGCCGCAGGAAACACAAUCCUGAACAGAGACGCGUUUACUGAGAAAAACUCUCUGGUUUCAGUUUCAAUGACCUGUGAGAAACAAGAAGCUGUUGUCAAUGGAAAAACCCUAUCAGUGACUGACUGUCCUGGACUGUUUGACACUUCCGUCGAUAACCGAAAACUGAAGCCUUUAAUCGAGGAGUGCAUCUAUCUGUCUGCUCCCGGUCCUCAUGUCUUCCUGGUGGUUUUGAGAUUAGGAGUAAAAUUCACUGAGGAAGAGAAGAAUGCAGUCAAAUGGAUUCAGAAGAACUUUGGAGAAGAUGCUGUGAGGUACACCAUCAUUCUCUUCACUCACGCUGAUGUCCUGAAGGGUAAAUCUCUAGAGAUGUACAUCAGCCAAAGCAAAGAUCUACAUGAGUUAAUUAAAACGUGCUAUGGCAGGUAUCACUCGUUCAACAAUAAGAGCAAAAGUAAUCGAGAUCAAGUGACCGAACUGCUGAAGAUGAUAGAAAAGAUGAACCAGUUUAAUGGACUGAAGCACUACACCAAUGACAUGUAUAAAGCAGCCCAAGAAAAGAUUAGGAGGGAGCAUAUGCUUAAAGAUGUUGGAAAGCGAGGGCUAGUCGCAGCAGGAGCUGCAGCAGGAGCUGCUGCAGGAGUUGUAGCUGUAGGAGCCAGAGAAACUGCAGCCACUUUUGAAGCAGUGGGAUCAGCAGCAGAAGCAGCAGCAGAAGCAGCAAAGAAAUAUCUCGAUGAGUAG